AUGGAGAAAGCACAAAGAGACCACAAAGCUCAUUGUUUGGUCUUGCCCUUUCCAAUCCUCCAAGGCCACGUCAAUCCCAUGCUCCAAUUCUCUAAGCUUUUACAUCACAAAGGAAUCAAAGUCACACUGGUCACAACCAUUUUUGUCCACAACACAUUAAUGCAUGGAUCAUCAGGAUCGAGCUGCAUUGCUCUGGAAACCAUUUCAGAUGGCUAUGACCAAGGCUGGAGGGAAGAAACUGAUGGCAUCGAUGCCUACUUAGAGCGCUUCUGGCAAGUAGGACCUCAAACUCUAGGCCAGCUCAUUGAGAAGCUUUCAAGCUCAGGCUUCCCAGUUGACUGCAUUGUUUAUGAUUCAAUGGUGCCUUGGUCUUUAGAUGUUGCCAAGAAAUAUGGGAUUGCUGGGGCUUCUUUUUUAACUCAAUCUUGUGCUGUUGACAAUAUUUUGUACCAUGUCCACAAAGGAUUGCUCAAACUUCCUGUUGUUGAUGACCAGUCGGAAAUUUCACUUCCUGGGUUGCCACCACUAGAACUUUUGGACAUGCCAUCUUUUGUCCAUGAUUUUGGGUCUUACCCUGGUAUCUAUAAAGUGAUUGUGGGUCAGUUCUCCAACAUUCACAAAGCUGAUUGGGUCCUAUGCAACUCAUUUUAUGAGUUGGAAGAACAAAUCACAUCAAUGCUUCACAUGGACUAUUAA